UCUAUCUAUCCAUCCAUCUUUCUGUUGAAACCCCAAACCCAAAGCCCCCAAAAAUCAAUUUCCACAAAACCCACCAUCUCUCUAAUCUCUAUGCUGCUGUAAUUGUAGACCAAAGAAAGAUCCAUGGCGGAAACCAAUGAAGAACCUCAAACUCCACCCUAUAAUUCAUCCAUGUUUCUGCUAAGAGUGAUGAGCAAGAGAAGGACAUGGGCCUUCCUCUUUAUCUUCGUCUACACCCUUCUCCUUUCCAUUUCCUGGAACUUCCUCAAAUCCGUUCUCUCCUGGUACGAAUCCACCUCCUCCGCCACGUCAUCUUCCGGCUGGCCGGCUCUUUACGCCUCCGUCAUCUUAGGCCUAGCGUUCGGCCUUCUCUCCAUGGUCGCCGCGCUCGCCGUCGCCGUUCCGGCCACCCUCGUCACUUGGAUCACGGUAUUGGUCUUGCUCACUUUCUGCGGAAAGCCUCGGAGAGCUCUGGUUAUGGAGGCUAAGAAGCUCACUGCUGAAAUUUCUGGAUUCGUGUUUAAGGUCUUGAUUAAGGAGGGAAACGUGGUCGCCGCCCUCUGCGCCGUUCUCGGCUACUUCGCCCUUCUCCGUCGGAACAGAGACGACGGCGCCACUGAUUAUUGACUCUCACCAAUCCAAUCCGGCGGCUCAAUCUGAAAAUCCCCUAAGUUUAUGGGGCUGUUUAGAAAAUUUUCAAAUUUACCUCCCUGGAUAUGUAAUUACUAAAAACUUGAAAUUUUCCUUUUUUUUUU